GCUUUGUUGUAAACCCACAUAGCAACAUCUUAAGCACCACAGUACACAAGAUGGCUUCUUACCAUCUACAAUCAUUCAUUGUGCUUGUUAUGGUCACUUUGACAUUAGUGAUCCCUAGCAAAGCACAACUCUCUCCUAGCUUUUAUAAUAAAGUUUGCCCUCAAGCAUUGCCAGUCAUAAACUCCGUAGUUCGUCGAGCUAUUCUCCGUGAGCGACGCAUCGGAGCAUCUCUACUGCGCUUGCAUUUCCAUGAUUGCUUCGUUAAUGGCUGUGAUGGAUCAGUUCUGCUAGAUGACACCCGCAACUUCAUUGGUGAAAAGACAGCCUUUCCAAAUAACAACUCCAUCAGAGGAUUUGAUGUGGUUGAUGAAAUAAAAAAAGCAGUUGACAAAGCUUGCAAACGCCCUGUGGUUUCAUGUGCAGAUAUCUUAGCCAUAGCAGCUCGUGAUUCUGUAGCCAUUUUGGGAGGUCCAAGCCUUGUGUACAAAGUGUUGUUAGGCAGAAGAGAUGCAAGGACUGCAAGCAGAGCAGCUGCAAAUUCCAACCUUCCCCCUCCAACAUUCAGCCUCUCACAGCUAACUUCCAAUUUCAAAUCUCAUGGAUUGAACGUGAGAGACCUUGUAGCCCUCUCCGGCGGCCACACCAUCGGCUUCGCUAGGUGCACCACCUUUAGGAACAGGGCUUAUAAUGAAACCAACAUAGACUCCAACUUUGCAGCGUCUUUGCGGAAGCAAUGCCCUCGAAGGGGUGGAGAUAACAACUUAGCAACACUUGAUGCCACCACCGCGAGAGUCGACACUCGGUACUACUCAGCUUUGCUGCAAAAGAAGGGUCUCCUACACAGUGAUCAAGAGCUUUUCAAGGGACAAGGGAGUGAAAGUGACAAAUUGGUGAAGUUGUAUAGUAGAAGCUCGUUGGCUUUUGCUAGAGACUUCAAAGCUUCCAUGAUUAAGAUGGGUAACUUGAAGCUUCUUACAGGAAGACAGGGAGAGGUCCGACGCAAUUGCCGAAAGAUCAAUUAAUAACAUAUUUGGAUCGACUUAUUUAUUUUUAAAAUAAAUUCGGGCACCUGAAAGCUACUCACAGUACGUAGUUUCACGCCAAAAUUGAUUUUGAAUUUAAAUCAAAUAACAAGAAUUGCAUAUUACAGGUUGUUGGAAACUGUAUAUAUGCCAAUUCAUGCUGUCAAUUUAAUUACUACCGGCGUGAAUGUGUAUAAGUGUAUUGUUUAAGAUCUAUGCUCAAAUCAUAAGGAACUAUCAAAAUAUUAUUGUUUGUGCUAUCUUGUCAAAGGAAUCGUUUGUUUUCAA